CUGUGGAACUCCCAACGCUCUCGGAUCCGCGUUGAGAGAGGGCAGGGGGCUGUUUCCUUUGAAUGACCAGAAAGGGUGAGGCCCCCGCGGUGGCCCGGGGGUUGGGGCCGAGGGUCGCGGGCCCUCAGAGCACUGCGCCCGGCAGAUACGCAGCCCCUGACUCCAAAUUCGGGUCUCAGAGGGUGGCAGGCCCCGCGUUCCUGGGAAGCCGGGGCUCCAAGUGGUCCUGGAUGGGGGGGUCCCGGCCCCAGUGAUGCGCCACCCGGCUUCCCGCAUCCGCCUCUCGAUUCUCGAGCUUCAUCUCCCAAAUGUUUGAUGCUGGGACGUCUUCUCGUGCCGCCAUCCACUUCUCCAUUCCCCAGCCCCAGCUCGCACAAAACGUCUUAUUUAUUUACCUCUCUUGAUGCGUAACAGUGCUCCUGCAAAGCUGCUUCCACGGAAAGGAAGCUGCGGGAAAUUUCCCCGGACAUCAACGACGCUGACAAAUCCAGCGUCCCCAGGCCUUUCCAGUUUUCCUGACAGGCUGAUUUCGAGUCAACAUGUCGGCUUCAAAGAAGGAAUGCCUUCAGCUUCAGCUGUUAGAGAUGGAAAUGCUGUUUUCUAUGUUUCCUAACCAAGGAGAGGUAAAACUUGAAGAUAUCAAUGCCCUGACGAAUAUAAAGAGAUAUCUGGAAGGCACAAGGGAGGCACUGCCACCAAAAGUCGAAUUUGUGAUUACACUCCAGAUCGAGGAGCCCGAGGUGAAAAUUGACUUGCAAGUAACCAUGCCUCACAGCUACCCCUAUGCAGCACUGCAGCUGUUUGGACGGUCAUCCGAACUGGACAGACAACAGCAGCUGCUUCUCAACAAAGGUCUCACUUCUUACAUAGGGACUUUUGAUCCAGGUGAGCUCUGUGUGUGUGCGGCCAUCCAGUGGUUACAGGACAACAGUGCCUCCUACUUCCUGAACAGAAAGCUCACGUAUGAACCAUCCACACAAGCAAAGCCAGUCAAGAACACAUUCCUUCGAAUGUGGAUCUACAGUCACCAUAUAUAUCAGCAGGACCUACGGAAAAAGAUUUUGGAUGUCGGGAAAAGGUUAGAUGUGACAGGAUUUUGCAUGACGGGCAAGCCGGGAAUAAUCUGUGUGGAGGGCUUCAAAGAGCACUGUGAGGAGUUCUGGCACACGAUUAGGUAUCCCAACUGGAAACACAUUUCCUGUAAGCAUGCCGAGAGUAUCGAAACAGAAGGAAAUGGGGAGGACCUGCGCCUUUUCCAUUCUUUUGAAGAGUUACUCCUUGAGGCUCACGGUGACUAUGGCUUAAGGAAUGACUACCACAUGAAUCUGGGCCAGUUCUUAGAAUUUCUCAAAAAACACAAAAGUGAGCAUGUUUUCCAGAUAUUAUUUGGUAUCGAGAGCAAAAGUUCUGACUCCUAGGAAGCUAUUAAGAGGCCCAUGCUUGUAACCUCGCUUGGUAUUUCUGUUAAUAAGACCAAAAUAAAAGGACCAGUGUCCGUUUAGCAUCGUCUGUGGGGAACCUAGCUCCAGCAUUUUUCCCUGAUGAUGAAACACAUAAGCCUUUUCACUUUAUAACAGUGCAAUUGUGAUGUUACCUCUAUGUUCUUGUGUUAAUUGAAAGCUAUUUAAUGGUAAAUUAAUAAAAACCAGUCA